CUGUUCUCCAUGAUCUUUUGCUUUCCAUCAAAAUUCUUUGUACUGUGAAUCCUUCAUUCUUUUCCCCUAAUUCGUCAUCGAAUCCUCAAAUCAUUUUGCUCUUUUUCCUUCUUUCUGCAACAUUUUUACAUACAUAGUCUAUAGAUAUAGAUAUAGUGGGAGGGGAAAAAAGAGAAAGCUAUGCUUGACUUUGGUGAUGAGUUGAUAAUCGAGAGCUACAAAAUCUCAUGGCUAAUAUGGAUCCAUCUUCUUGUUACGAUUCUUUUCAUAAUCCUUAUUUUCUUUGGAUUCAACAUUUUUACUUCAGAUUUCUCCCAAAAUCCUUCCACCACUACGACAUCAGCUCCGCCUUCAACUAGCUCUUCGCAAAGAACCAAGGUAAAUGAAAACCGAAGAAUUAAGAGAGAUGCUGGAACAAGUGGACGAACAAUAGUAGAAGUCGAAGAAUGUGAAGAAUCUUCAUUGAAUGAUUCUAUAUUUUUUAGGCUUUUUAGACAUCCAAAGCAACCUUGCAACUAUCUCGGGCUAGUUAAACAAGCUCUUUUCAAGUGUUUCGGCUUAGAUUCCAGAUGCGAGAGCUCAAACAACGGAAAACUCGAAAAUGAAGAUUGAUGUAAACACUCUCUUUGUGCACAAACACGCACUAAGACUUGUGCAUGUGUGCUCAAACAUAAUCAUACAUAUGUAGUGGUGUCAAGCAGGUCAACCCAUUUGAAAUGUGCCUAGGUUGAGUUUAGUUAAGAGUAAUGGUAUUUAAUACCAUUAGUAUUAAAACAUAGAUUUAA